AUGGCUAAGAGAGGACGCGGUGGUGCCUCGGGCAACAAGCUCAAGAUGACUCUCGGUCUCCCAGUCGGCGCUGUCAUGAACUGCUGCGACAACUCCGGCGCACGAAACCUCUACAUCAUCUCCGUCAAAGGCAUCGGUGCCCGUCUCAAUCGUCUUCCCGCUGCUGGUGUUGGUGACAUGGUGAUGGCUACAGUCAAGAAGGGAAAGCCUGAGCUGCGAAAGAAGGUCAUGCCGGCUGUGGUGGUACGGCAGAGCAAGCCGUGGAGGAGGGCGGAUGGCGUCUAUCUGUACUUCGAGGAUAAUGCUGGUGUGAUUGUCAAUCCAAAAGGUGAAAUGAAGGGGUCGGCUAUCACAGGUCCCGUAGGAAAGGAGGCGGCAGAGCUGUGGCCGCGUAUUGCAAGCAAUUCGGGUGUCGUGAUGUGA